AUGAACCUCUUUUCCGAUCGCGACGAACAACAUCAUCGUGAACAGAAGCGCUUAGUUGCGAAUGCCUACAGUUUGAGCUCUCUUCUUGAGAUGGAGCCUGGGGUCGACUCAUGUACUCGGAUUUUCCUUGACAAACUUGGUGAUUUCGCGGACCGGAAGACGCCAGUUGAUUUGGGCGCAUGGCUUCAGUAUUACUCAUUCGAUGUCGUUGGAGAAUUUGUCUUCUCCAAGAAACUUGGAUUUCUUAAGGAAGGGCGAGACGUGGAUGGUAUGAUUCAGGCCAUUCAAGGAAUGCUCGUUUAUGCCAGCCUUUGCGGUCAAGUUCCAGAAAUGCAUCAUGUCUUGCUUGGCAAUCCGUUAUUCCCAAUCUUUCUGCCCCAGAUGGAGACCUGGAAUUCGGUGGUGACAUUCAGCCUGAAGGCGAUUAAUUCACGUUUAUCAUUGAAGCGUGAUGGAGAGCUAGAGAAAGAGGAUUUAGAAGCAGGGAAAGACAUGAUGUCCAAGUGGAUGAUGGUUCAUCAACUCAACCCUGAGAAAAUGACUUCAACAGAUGUGAUGGUUCACCUCUCGGCAAACGUUUUCGCUGGCUCUGAUACCACGGCUAUCGCUCUCCGUGCAGUCUUCUAUUUCCUUCUUCGCAACCAAACAGUGAUGGCCAAACUUAUUGAGGAGAUUAACAACGCCACACGCGAAGGGAAGCUGAGCGAUCCAAUCUCUUACCGCGAGUCCAUGACCCAUCUCCCAUAUCUAGGAGCUGUUAUCAAGGAGGCCAUGCGUCUUCACCCAUCUACGGGACUGAUCAUGGAGCGCCAUGUUCCAAGCGAAGGUGCAGUUAUUUGCGGCAAGACAAUUCCCGCCGGAACAGUUGUGGGCAUCAAUGCAUGGGUCGUGCAUAGAAAUCCCGAGGUUUUUGAUGAGCCCGACACAUUCAUUCCAGAACGCUGGCUGGACAGCUCGCCCGAAAAGCUCAAGGAGAUGGAGCAGAGCUUCUUCGUCUUUGGCUCUGGAGCACGGACUUGUCUGGGAAAGAACAUUUCCCUAACGGAGAUGCAUAAGAUGAUACCGGAGUUAUUGCGUAAAUUCGAGAUUAAAUUGCACAAUCCGGAGAGGGAGUGGAAGACGAAGAAUGUCUGGUUUGUGCAGCAGGAAGGUUUGAUCUGCGACAUUGUGCGCAGAAUCUAG